GGGGCUCUGCCGUCCCUUCGCUUCCCUCCCCGGGGCUCUUCCCUGCCUUCCCGUGCCCGCGGGGCCGCUUUCUCCCGCGGGCUCCGGCACGCCGUGAGUUCGGGCGGGCGGUGCCUCGCGCCGGGCCUGAGGGAGGGCGAGCGGCUGGGCCGGGGCGCGGAGCCGGCGGGUGCGGCGGAGCCGAGCCCGGCCCGCGAGCGGGGAGCGGCGGCUGAGCCGUUCCGGAGCUGCCGCUGGAGUUGCGAGCGCGUCUGGGGCGCGAGUUGCCAAUAAAUGUUGCAGAUUGGCAAGGAAAACUGCUGUUGCAGGAUCGUGUCAAGUAAUGUGCCUUGAUGCCCUACGUGUUAGCUGACUGAAUCCCUGCCAGACUUGGUCAUGCAACACCAUUGCUGUUUCCUGAUAAACUGUAGUCCUACUGUAUCCAGGCUUUUAUUGGCUUUUGCUUUCCCUAAAGGCGCAAUAAUUCCUGACAGCAAGAAAACAGUUACAAGUGUUUGCAUGGUGUAUUGUGGUGGACCUGAAGUUGAUAUAACAGAGAAUUUCUUCUGGGAAGAGAAGCUUCCCUGUAAGGCCAACCUUGAAGAUGUGGACUGCCAUUGUGUUCUGCCUGCUGAUUUCCAUCUGUAUAUGUGAACACCGGUGUUCUGCCCUGAAAGGGAGAGGAGUCCACAUAGUUCAAAUAAACAGGCUUACGAGUGAAGAGCAAUGCAGGCAGGCUUGUCAGAGCCCAGGUGCUUCAGGGAGCCAUCACUGUAAUUGGUCUGUGCCCUACCAGAAUCACUGCCUCCUCCUGCAGUGUCACCAGCUGAGUGUGUGCCAGAAUGCUGGAGAGCAAGACAUCAAAGUUCUGCUUGCAGAAAUUGACAGUGGCAAAUGGAAAACAGCCCUGUCUCAGCACCAGAGCCAUCUGCAGAAAACAGAGAGGAUGCUGAAUGCACGGAUUGACCGACGCAGUGUGGAAAACACAUUUUCUUUAACUGCUCAGACUCACAGUAUUCGUUUGAGGCAUUUGCUUGGGGUUGAGAAGAAAGAUGUCACGAAUAGUACAAGUGCAGAAAUUGCAAGCAAUGCUACCACCACUGCCCCUGCCAUGACAGCAAACAUUACCCAUGUGACUUUCUCUACCAGUAGUGAAACAACUGCCAAAGCCUCAAAUACCCCUGAAGAUUCUGAUACCUCUGCUAAAGCCACGUCAUCAUCUGCCUCUUCUCCCCUUCAUAGUAACAUUUCUACUCCCACUUCCAGCCAUGUCACCCAGAUGGUGACCACCAGCCAAAAAUCAGGAAAUAUGUCUGUCUCAGUAUUGUUCCCCCUUUCUGCUCUCCCCACUGUUGCUUCUGAAGCAGGUACCCAAGUACAGCAGCCAAGGCCGGGUACCACCAGCACCAGUGCUCCUCACCCUGACAACACCACCACUGCUGGAGCUGACCUGAAAUCACUGACCACAACACUGACCACCCCCAUCCUGCAGUAUGCAGGAACAUCUUCCACCGCUUCCACACGUGCCACGGCACCCAUCCCGACAGAGACUUCUCACUCUAUGAAUCCAGUGCAUACUGGCACCUUGCCAGAUCUAAAGACAGAAUCAAAUACAACCACAGCAUCUUUGAAUGAAUCAGCUUCUAUUCUGGGCUCUACAAGAGGUGCCGUGGUUUUAACUACAGCCUCUACAGUAGCAGCUACGACUGAACAUGGGAGGAAGUCAACAUCAGAUAUCUUUUCCACAACUGUGGCUCCAACAGAUGCAGCCAGAACAACAGCUUCAGGCCUCACAGAAACUCAGGACACAGACAAUGAGUAUCUUCUCAUUGCUGCUGAGCCCUUGACUCAGUACUUAGUGGAUAAAAGUUCACUACUUGCAGUGCUUUUAGUUGGUACAUUCUUUUUCAUAACUGUUAUAGUACUUUUCCUCAUGCAGGCAUAUGAGAGCUACAAGAAGAAAGAUUACACACAAGUGGAUUACCUGAUCAAUGGAAUGUAUGUGGACUCAGAGAUGUAAAGAGGUGGGGAUAAAUAGUUGACAGGAGAUGGAAAGGAGAUUCAAAGUCUUCCUGAUUUGUUUUCCCCUCUCUGUCUGCCUAUAACACAAACUGAAAGUGCUUCCAAAUUUACUUCUAGUGCAAUUGAGGAGAAAUGCCAUGUACUGUAUUAAGAAAAAAAUAAUACGUUUUUAUUCGACCGUGCAACAAGUUGCUGUAAAAUCAUAAAAAGAGGAAUAAUUUUUAACAUUUUCAUAAUGCACAAUAGCUUUGGCCAUUAUAAUUGAUUGCAAAACAAAUCUAACAAGGUGUAAGUUGCCAUCCUCUGAAAAUGCUGUAGCGCUUUUCAGCUGUUUACAGUGCAGGUUGUGUUUCAUUUGUUUCACGUGUGCUCCUCUGAAAACAGAGCAAAGGAUGCUGUCACCUUUGUGAAGUGCUCCCAAGUAGCCAGAUGAAAAGUGUGGAGUACUGUUGCAACAGGAGACUUUUAAUCCAGUGAGUGUCAUAUUUCAGUGUGCUUCUUGCUUAAGAAGAGGUCUGUUUACAAGGUAUUGUAAACUCUGUUUACUGCUAACCCAAGGUAUCUUUUUCACCAUGGAGUGGAUUACUGUGCCUCUGCACUUAAAUGAUCUUAUUUUUAUAUUCAGUUAAUAAACGGAGCCCUGGAAGGGCAGAUCUUC